AUGCGAAUAUCUUCGAAUCCAACCCAACCCCACUUUGAAACGUCGGACCUUCCAGUGAUGAUUCAAGGCUUGGACCUCACCGCUCUCAAAUCCGUGUUAUAUGAUCAUUCCUCAAUGACCUAUCCAGUAUCAAUCAAACCAUUAAAUGCCCAGUAUUCAGAAUUUAGAAUUGAGGAAUUAGAAUCACCACUUGAUACAUCCCCAAAAAACGAAAAGAUUCGCAGUCAAAUGGGAGAAUUUGAGCCAACAUUUAUUGUCUAUUUGCACAAUGAAAAACAAGUAGAUUUAUUGGUGAAAAAAAUUGAAACCAUUCACCUUGUACGAAACAUUGAAUCAACCAGUGUUUCAUCAAAUAAGGACAAUCAAAAAUUGCAGGUUACAACAACAGCAGCAAAACAAAUUUACCUUAAACGACUAUACAGGGAGCAACCUACAGUUUUACUAAAACGAAGCUCAAAUUCGUUGCUUACCUAUCAUAGUUAUGACUCUCUGACUGCAAAAUUAACUGAUCUACAUCAACGAUAUGCGAACAUGACAAGCCUCUUCUCCAUUGGAAAGUCCGUUGCUCAACGAGAGCUAUGGGUUUUAAAAUUGUUCUCAAACACAACCAUAGGAGCACCUGAUCAAUCAUCAAAAUUAGGAUAUCAAAAGCCAAAAUUUAAAUACGUGGCGAACAUGCAUGGUGAUGAAACAGUUGGAAGAGAAUUGGUAUUGUAUUUGGCUGAGUUUUUAUUGAGCAAGUAUCAACAAGGAGAUUCACGAAUUCGUAAAUUAUUGGAUUUCAUGGAUAUUUAUCUCAUGCCUUCAAUGAAUCCUGAUGGCUUUGAAAUGGAUGAUCGUUAUAAUGCCAAUGGAGUUGAUUUAAAUCGAGAUUUCCCAGACCAAUACGUGGCAAGUUCAUUCUCUAAAACAUAUCAGCCAGAAACAAAGGCUGUUAUGGAUUGGCUUGCAAAAGACAAGUUUGUUCUUUCAGUGAAUUUUCAUGGAGGUGCUGUGGUUGCAAGUUAUCCUUUUGAUUCCGUAUCUCCAACUGUUUCAAACGCUGAAUAUGCUUAUUACAGUGCAAGCCCAGAUGACACCUUUUUCCGAAUGGUUGCUAAAGCUUAUGCAGACGCUAAUCCCGAUAUGAAAAAUAGUCGUGAAUUUACAGGAGGAAUUACGAAUGGAGCUUAUUGGUAUGUCUUGUUUGGAGGAAUGCAAGAUUACAAUUAUUGGAGCAAUAAUUGUUUUGAAAUUACAGUAGAGUUGAGUGACUUAAAGCAUCCACCAGAAUCUCAACUUGAUGGAUUUUGGAACGCCAAUAAGGAAUCUCUAAUUGUGUACAUGGAACAAAUGAAAUAUAUGGUAAUGGGAGUGGUGACUGAUUCGAAAGGAAAUCCAGUGCCAAAUGCAACUGUUAAAGUGAUUGGAAAUUCGAAAACAAUUACCACCAACUCAGCAGGUGUCUUCUUUAGGUUGCUAACACCAGGAAAUUAUACUCUCAUGGUUUCACAGAAUGGAGCGAGUGUGAACAAAAGUAUUGAAGUUCCAACAAAUGUGGAGUUUGGAAAUCCACCUACAGCAUAUUUCAGUAUUCCUUCAAGUGCUUCAAAUUCUAGUCCUUCAAACCCUUUCGCCUCAAUAGUCACCAAAGCAUCCUCCUUUCAUCAACCUCGUGUUACGUCGUUUGUUGCUAGCUUGUUUAUGACUUCAUUAAGCAACAUUUGGCUGAUAAUAAUGCUGUCAGUAAUUUCUGCCAUUUAUGUCUCUGGUAACAUGAUGUCAUGA